AUGGCGACGACAGACAGUGACGAAACCGGCAGCGAGCUCUCAGAAUCUCUAGAGAUCCUCCAACUCCAGGACCAGUACGUGGACUCGGAAAGCUGCUUUAAGUCGAAGAGCUUACCCAUCCUGAAUGGACCCUGUCAGACAGACUGCAAGGAUGUUCGCUUGCUUGACGUGGAAGAGAGCCGCGAACUUCAGCCUAAGUCCCCAGAAUCGCCCUCGUCCAGGACCGACUUCUCGCCUUCUGCGUCUAGUAUGGUGGGCCUCAGCAGUUCCCUACCUGUGGACCCCCAUAGAUCAAACGGGGGUAAGAAAGUAGGCUUCUCCCUCUCCCGCCUUAUCCACGUUCCGGCUCGGAAGUGCGUGCACAUCAUCCUCCGAGACUCUCGCUGCUUCCUGUUCUGCAUGUGCUACCUGACCUUUAUUCAGUCCCUGAUGGUUUCUGGCUACCUGAGUAGCGUAAUUACCACCAUUGAGAAACGUUACAGCCUUCGCAGCUCCGAAUCAGGCCUGCUGGUCAGCUGCUUUGAUAUCGGAAGCCUGCUGGUGGUAGUCUUCAUCUCUUACUUUGGCGGCCGGGGUCAAAGACCGCGUUGGCUAGCUGUCGGCGGGGUGGUCAUCGCCGUCGGUGCGGCGUUGUUCUCCCUGCCCCACUUCAUCUCGCCACCCUACCAGAUUCAGGAGAUGAACUCAACGGCAAGCAACGAAGGACUCUGCCUUGCCAGUAAUGGAAGCGGGCGGGAAGCGGCGGUAGAUUCGGCGUCGUGCCCCCGCGACCACGAAGGCAACGAACACAACCUCUACGUGGCGUUGUUCAUCUGCGCUCAGAUCAUGGUUGGCAUGGGCUCCACGCCUAUCUACACACUCGGGCCCACUUACCUGGAUGACAAUGUGAAGAAGGAGAAUGCCUCUCUCUACCUAGCUGUCAUGUACGUGAUGGGAGCCCUGGGCCCAGCAGCUGGUUACCUGCUGGGCGGCGUCCUCAUCGGCUUCUACGUGGACCCUAAAACCGUGGUCAACAUCGACCAGAGCGACCCUCGCUUCGUCGGCAACUGGUGGAGCGGCUUCUUGCUUUGCGCCAUCGCAAUGCUUUUGGUCAUCUUUCCCAUGUUCGCCUUCCCCAAAAAGCUGCCGCCACGACACAAGAAGAGGAAGAAAAAGGCAGGCUCGUCGCCUGGAAAUCUGUCCAGUGACGACGAAGACGUGAUGAAGGAGAAGUCUGGUGGCAAGGGUCAGAACGUGUCCUCCUCUAUGGGUUUCGGGAAGGACAUUAAGGACCUGCCCAAGGCAGCGCUGAGAAUCCUCAGCAACAUGACCUUCCUGUUCGUCAGCCUGUCCUAUACCGCCGAGUGCGCCAUCGUCACCGCUUUCAUCACCUUCAUACCCAAGUUCAUCGAAUCGCAGUUUGGCAUCCCCGCUUCCAACGCCAGCAUAUACACAGGUUUAAUCAUUGUGCCAAGCGCAGGCGUGGGUAUCGUGCUAGGCGGCUACAUCAUCAAGAAGCUAAAGCUAGGUGCUCGCGAGUCGGCCAAGCUAGCAAUGAUCUGCAGCGGCGUGUCGCUGCUCUGUUUUUCUACGCUCUUCAUCGUGGGAUGCGAGAGCAUCAAUCUUGGAGGCAUCAACAUACCUUACACCACUGGCCCGACAUUGACGCUGACGCACAGAAAUCUGACGGGAAGUUGCAACGUCAAUUGCGGCUGCCGCAUCCACGAGUACGCACCCGUGUGUGGAUCGGACGGCAUCACCUACUUCAACCCCUGCUUGGCCGGAUGCAGCGCUGUGGGCAACGACAGCACCGGGAUGCGGAACUACACGGAGUGCAGCUGCGUGCAGAGCCGUCAGGUGAUCACGCCACAGUCGAGCGGCGGACCCGUCAAUCAGCUGCAGCUGGUCAUCGUCAAGACGUACCUGAACGAGAAUGGCUUCGCCACCUCGGGAAAGUGCGACCGCACGUGCAACACGCUCAUCCCCUUUCUCGUCUUCCUCUUCAUCGUCACCCUCAUCACCGCUUGCGCGCAACCCUCCGCCAUCAUCGUCACGCUCAGGUCUGUGGAUGAAGAAGAGAGGCCUUUUGCUCUGGGCAUGCAGUUUGUCCUUCUCAGAACUCUUGCGUACAUCCCAACACCGAUCUACUUCGGGGCAGUGAUCGACACCACGUGCAUGCUGUGGCAGCAGGACUGCGGUGUGCACGGCUCGUGCUGGGAGUACGACGUCACCGCUUUCCGCUUCGUCUACUUCGGACUGGCCGCCAGCCUCAAAUUUGUGGGUUUUAUCUUCAUCUUCCUCACGUGGUACUCCAUCAAGCACAAGGAGGAGCGGCCGGAACGUUGGCGCGCCAGCCCUCGGCCGCCGCUACCCCCGCCGCCCUUGCUCCUAGGCACCGUCAGCGAGCUGGUGGGCCACGCUGGCGGCCGCAAAAGCCACGCACGCACGCGAUCCUGCCCCGUUUUCAUUCCGCCGGCAAGACCCGAGGCGCCCGCCGCCGCCGCCACGCUGCUGCUCUGCCACGGUAGCCUCAAAGCAUUGACGCCAAGACACUCCGCCCAUGUUUGA